AUGGACGCAGACCUUCGGGCUCCACCUUCACCAGUCUGUCUAAUUAAAGGCCACAUAACCGAGCGGGAGUCUGUCAUAUGGGUAAGGGUUCAUGACCGCCAUCUUCAGGAUAUCACAAUAGCGGGCGAUGACGGUGAAAAGCUGUUCUCCGUCGAAGGCCCAGGGGGUUACAGCUCGAUGACGCUGAGGCGACCAUUGAAGGAUGCAUCAGGCCAGCCAGUAUUUGAUCUGCGACGUAAGAUCGGGUGGCUUGUAGAAGACGCCAGUGGUAGCAAGUUCGCGGAGCUUUGCCAUAAGAAAUUCUUCACCUCGCAACACACGGCUAUUGACGGGAAAAUCUUGAGCUCGGGCGAGCUGGUCGAGAUGCGACCGCGCGAUGCAAUGGGGAUAAUAAACUAUGUCAAUAUUGGAAAUGCGACGAUUGCGGAGAUUGCAGUGCAUUCAAACAACAUCAAGAAGCGUUUUGUGCGGGAUCGGGAUAUAUCGGUCUAUCGGGUUCGGGUGGCUCAAGGGGUAGAUCUCAGCUUGGUCAUCUUGAUGGCAAUGAUUCGAGCGGAGAUGGCGCAUGUUUGGCAGAAAUAG